UAGCAGAAAUGGAGGCCAGGGACACACUGCACUUCUGGGGUCUGACUCUGGUAAUCCUGCCUGGUGUCCUUGGUGGCGAAUGGGCAGUAUGGUAUCCAGAGAAACCUAUCUGUGCAGUGAGAAGAUCCACUGUGAUCAUCCCCUGUUCAUAUAAUCAUCCUGACAAAUAUUAUGGCAACACUCUGAAAGCGCAGACGAUGAUGUGGUGUCAUAAGCACGAAAACUGUAUAGACACCAAAUAUGUCUGUCGUAGUAAUAAUACAAAUAUCAGUCCUGAGUUUAAAGACAGAGCAGAGUGCUUGGUGAAAGAAAAGAAGAACUGCACUUUAAAGAUUAAAGACAUCAGAGACAAGGACUCAGGGAAUUACAAAUUCAGGUUUGAAACCAAUAAACCUGAGCAAAUAUGGACUGGUCAACCUGGAGUGGAUCUACAGGUCUCUGAUAGUCAGUAA